GCGCAGGCAGGACUGAUGCGCUACCUUGGGCCAAUGCAUGCAGGUGUCGUGGCCGAGGAACAUGCCUGCGCAUGAGACACGGCGGGUGGUGCCGGAGACGGCCGUUGAGCGGCAGCGCUGCAUGGGAGGCGGAUGUUCGCCGGUCGCAUUGGUCAGCUGCAUGAGAGUACAUAGUGCGGCUGCGCACAGUCUCUAGAGGGCUGCAGAGCUGAGAAAUAGCCGGCCUAGCGUCGAGCUGGCUGCUCAAAGAUGGAGCGCUGCCAUGGGCGGCGGUCCAGAGCAGUCACGCACACGCGAACGGCGAGACGCAGCGGCCGCCGUGAACGGCAGCGGGCACAUGGCAGCGGCUGCGGCGUGUUGCUCUCCUUUGUCUCGAUGCCGAGCGCGGCUGCGGUUGCAGCCGGCGGCGGAGGCGUGUCCCGGGCACCCGGGCAGGGCGAAGCAUGCCUCAACUUGCGCUCUUGCGGCUCGGAGGUCGCUCGCUCGCUCUCAUUUCCGCGGUCGCGACGAGAUCGGCAAGGCGGAGGCGCUGGUAACGCUGCUGCGCUGCAGCAUUGUGCGCUGUGCAGCCGACGGUGGGCUAGCAGGUACAGCACGGCUGCGCUGCCGGCUCGAGCAGCAGGGCUGCCCAGCGGACGCCCCUUGGCGCAGACCUGCGAAUUGCCCCUUGAGACGCGAGCGCGCGCGUCCGCCAUGCGCGCCUGCCGCAGCGGCCGCCAACGGCCGAGAUGCUCGACUCUCUCGACUGCGCGGACACCAAGCUCUGCCACCGAGGUGCUCCGCCUCGUCAUGCGGACAGUUCGCUUUGACUCAGCAUGCAGCGUAGCCCCACGUCUUGCCUGCUUGCUGUGGUACGCUCACCGGCGGCGGCAUCGGUGCGUGAGAUGCUAAGCUGGCACGCUUGAGCGCGCCUGCGUCAUUGGCUCGGCCGCAGAGCCGGUGCUGCUUCCGCGGAGACGCGGCCGGGAGACCGAGCUACGACAUAAUG